GAGACCUAUAUAUAUUCUCCAGCGAGAGGGAACGAGGGUUUUAGGGCCAUCGCUUCUGAGGUUGCGGCUGUGCUUUCUUGGUCCGGUGGAACAUACCUGAGCAUCUUUUGUUGAAUCUUCAGAGCAGGCAAGAUGGUGAAGUUCACAGUUGAAGAGCUCCGUAGGAUUAUGGACAUGAAGCAUAACAUCCGUAACAUGUCUGUCAUAGCACAUGUUGAUCAUGGCAAGUCUACUCUCACUGAUUCUCUUGUGGCGGCUGCUGGAAUCAUCGCCCAGGAAGUUGCUGGUGAUGUCAGGAUGACUGAUACCCGCCAGGAUGAAGCAGAACGUGGUAUCACGAUCAAAUCUACAGGGAUCUCUCUUUACUAUGAGAUGAGUGAUGAGUCUUUGAAGAACUAUAAGGGUGAGAGGAAUGGCAAUGAGUAUCUCAUCAAUCUCAUUGAUUCACCUGGGCAUGUUGACUUCUCUUCUGAGGUCACUGCUGCUCUCCGUAUCACUGAUGGUGCAUUAGUCGUCGUUGACUGUGUGGAGGGUGUUUGUGUCCAGACCGAAACUGUUCUUCGACAAGCGCUUGGAGAAAGAAUCAGACCUGUCUUGACUGUUAACAAGAUGGAUAGAUGUUUCUUAGAGCUUCAGGUUGAUGGGGAGGAAGCCUAUCAGACCUUUCAGCGUGUCAUUGAGAAUGCAAAUGUUAUUAUGGCAACCUACGAAGAUCCACUUCUUGGUGAUGUCCAAGUCUAUCCAGAGAAAGGGACUGUUGCUUUCUCAGCUGGGUUGCAUGGUUGGGCUUUCACUCUCACCAACUUUGCCAAAAUGUAUGCUGCCAAAUUUGGAGUUGAUGAGGCCAAGAUGAUGGAAAGACUUUGGGGUGAGAAUUACUUCGACCCAGCAACCAAGAAGUGGACCAACAAGAACACAGGUUCUCCUACUUGUAAGCGUGGCUUUGUACAAUUUUGUUAUGAACCAAUCAAACAAAUUAUCAGAACUUGCAUGAAUGAUCAGAAAGACAAAUUAUGGCCGAUGCUGCAGAAACUUGGUGUCAGCAUGAAAUCUGACGAGAAGGAACUUAUGGGCAAGGCUUUGAUGAAGCGUGUCAUGCAGACCUGGCUGCCUGCAAGCAGUGCCCUCCUUGAAAUGAUGAUCUUCCACCUUCCAUCUCCUUCCAAGGCACAGAAGUACCGUGUGGAGAACUUAUAUGAGGGCCCACUAGAUGAUGUAUAUGCAAAUGCUAUCAGAAAUUGUGACCCAGAAGGCCCUCUUAUGCUAUAUGUUUCAAAGAUGAUUCCCGCUUCUGAUAAGGGUAGAUUCUUUGCAUUUGGUCGGGUUUUCUCUGGAAGGGUCUCUACAGGUAUGAAGGUUCGGAUCAUGGGACCAAACUAUGUCCCAGGUCAGAAAAAAGACUUGUAUGUGAAGAGCGUGCAAAGAACUGUUAUCUGGAUGGGUAAGAGACAAGAGUCUGUAGAGGAUGUGCCUUGUGGAAACACAGUUGCCAUGGUUGGGUUAGAUCAAUUCAUCACCAAGAAUGCAACUCUUACAAAUGAGAAGGAAGCCGAUGCCCAUCCGAUAAGAGCUAUGAAAUUUUCUGUUUCUCCUGUUGUACGCGUAGCAGUUCAAUGCAAGAUUGCAUCUGACCUUCCCAAGCUUGUGGAAGGUUUAAAACGUCUGGCCAAAUCAGAUCCUAUGGUGGUCUGUACAAUAGAAGAAUCUGGUGAGCACAUCAUUGCAGGAGCUGGGGAGCUCCACCUUGAGAUUUGUUUGAAAGAUUUGCAGGAGGAUUUCAUGGGAGGUGCAGAGAUUGUAGUCUCUGAUCCCGUGGUCUCUUUCCGUGAAACUGUCCUGGAGAAAUCUUGCCGGACUGUGAUGAGCAAGUCACCAAACAAGCACAAUCGUCUCUACAUGGAAGCACGACCCAUGGAAGAUGGGCUUGCUGAGGCCAUUGAUGAAGGGCGCAUUGGCCCACGAGAUGAUCCAAAAGUACGUGCAAAGAUUCUGUCUGAGGAGUUUGGUUGGGACAAGGAUCUUGCUAAGAAGAUCUGGUGCUUUGGGCCCGAGACCACUGGUCCUAACAUGGUCGUUGAUAUGUGUAAGGGAGUUCAGUACCUUAAUGAAAUUAAGGACUCUGUUGUGGCUGGGUUCCAGUGGGCGUCAAAGGAAGGAGCAAUGGCUGAAGAAAACAUGCGUGGAAUAUGCUUUGAAGUAUGCGAUGUGGUUCUGCAUGCUGAUGCUAUUCACAGAGGUGGUGGUCAGAUCAUUCCAACUGCUAGAAGGGUCAUAUAUGCAUCUCAGUUGACAGCCAAACCACGGCUGUUGGAACCAGUUUACCUGGUAGAGAUUCAGGCUCCUGAGCAGGCACUUGGAGGCAUUUAUGGUGUUCUCAACCAGAAGCGAGGCCAUGUCUUUGAAGAGCUACAAAGGCCAGGUACUCCCCUUUACAACAUCAAGGCUUACCUCCCAGUCAUCGAGUCUUUUGGGUUCUCGGGCACUCUGAGGGCUGCCACAUCUGGUCAGGCUUUCCCCCAGUGUGUGUUUGACCACUGGGACAUGAUGUCUUCGGACCCAUUGGAGCCUGGUACUCAAGCAGCACAGCUUGUGAGCGACAUCCGCAAGAGGAAAGGCUUGAAGGAUCAGAUGACCCCAUUAUCUGAAUAUGAAGACAAGCUCUAAGUUAUUACGAGUUAUGCAUCUAGUCUUAUCUCGUAUCUGUCCCACCUACCAGAGUCUUUUUGCAGGUAGUUCCUGUAUUUGUUAUCUUUCAUGUUUUUUCAUGUCCUUGGAUAUUAAUUUCUGAUGUGUUAUUUGAACAAUUCCUAAUGGCAAAGUAUGUUGUCGAGAUGCUUUAUACAUCUUUGCUAAGCAAGGCACUGUCAAGAUAUUGAGACAGUUUGAAGUUAAGAAAAUUUUUCCAUCAAUGCCGCUUACGU